ACAAUGAUCGCAAUUGGUUUUGAGGGAUCUGCCAACAAGAUUGGGGUUGGAAUUAUCAAGCACACGCCUGACGGAAAAGUCGAGGUGCUCGCAAACGUUCGACAUACCUACAUUACCCCACCAGGUCAAGGUUUCCUCCCUCGUGAUACAGCGGUACAUCAUCGUGCGCACGUAAUACCUCUCACAAAGCAAGCCCUCGAGAAAGCGAGUCUCAAACCAUCCGAUGUUGACUGCAUAUGUUUUACAAAGGGACCGGGAAUGGGGGCGCCAUUGGUUUCGGUAGCGAUAGCUGCAAGAACCUUAUCACUUUUGUGGGGAAAGCCCCUUGUGGCUGUUAAUCACUGCAUCGGACACAUUGAAAUGGGCAGGAUGAUAACUGGCGCAAAAAAUCCGGUGGUUCUCUACGUGAGCGGAGGCAAUACUCAAGUUAUUGCGUACGCAGAACAUCGAUAUCGGAUAUUUGGAGAAACGAUUGACAUUGCUGUGGGAAAUUGCUUAGAUAGAUUUGCGCGAAUCCUCAAUCUUCCAAAUGAUCCCAGUCCUGGUUAUAACAUCGAGCAGGGUGCCAAACGGGGCAAGAAGUUUUUUGAACUUCCGUAUGCGGUUAAGGGGAUGGAUGUUUCAUUCUCUGGUAUCCUUUCAUAUAUCGAAACCCUAUCUACCACUCAUCUCAAGACUGGAAAGUGCACCGCUGAGGAUCUAUGCUUUUCAUUGCAAGAAACCGUGUUUGCUAUGUUGGUGGAAAUUACGGAGCGCGCUAUGGCGCACAUCGGGUCAUCGGAAGUGUUGAUUGUUGGCGGCGUGGGAUGCAAUGAGCGGCUACAGGAUAUGAUGGGCAAGAUGGUGGCCCAACGUGGGGGCUAUCUCUUUGCAACAGACGAACGAUUUUGUAUAGAUAAUGGGCUUAUGAUCGCCCAGGCUGGCAUAUUGAUGUUCAAGACUGGCCAUGUGACACCGCUGGAAGACACAUGGUGUACGCAAAGAUACCGCACCGAUGAGGUCUUGGUAACCUGGCGGUGAUAGAAGAGAGCACUCAGCUCGUACAUACUGUAAUAUAUACAUUUAUCAAGGAUUCUGCAGAAUGCAUGGAAAAGCAGGCACAAGAUCGCGUGAUAAGUACUUACAAAUACAAUUUUGAUUCUUGAAGCUAGAAUCCGAUCGUGAACUCGCCAAACCUUCAAUCUCAUGGAUUCAGAAAUGCCCAGUGGCUCUGACAGCAAAAUUUUGUGCCUACCUUUCAUAAUAUCCUGGCAUU